AAUAUAUAUCAACGGGACGACCCAUCGCAAUUUUCGACGACGAUCUCUACUCAUUGAGUCGACUCAUCCCCGUUUCGAUCUUGAGCUUAUCUGUGUAGUUGCUGCACAGAUGCUCUAACGAUCAAUCACCAUGUCGACCUCUACAACAACUACUACGAACCCUAAUCCGACAAGCUGGCUUCAAAAUUUGGGUAUUGCCAUUGAGGUGGUAUGUCCUGCACUUGCACUUAUAGUCGUCAUCUUGAGGACAUAUAUCAGGCUCGACACAAAGAGCUUCGGUUGGGACGAUGGCCUGAUCGUUGCUGCAAUGGCCUUGAGCAUUGCUCUGGCAGUAGGCUCAAUUAAAGUUAUGAAAUCGCUUUUUAUAGGGAUUCAUUAUUAUGAUGUACCGCCUUUUGAUCCUACAGAGGGAUUGAUCUGGAUCUAUGUUGUCGGUGCCGUCUAUCAGCCCAUCUUGACGUUAGUCAAGCAGUCCGUCCUCGUCUUCCUACUUCGUUUCUCGGGUAUCAAAUCCGGUGUUCGAUAUGUUGUAUGGGGUACGAUCAUCUUCAACACGGUUCUUAUGGUUGCUAUAUUUAUCGCCGUCAUCCUACAAUGCAUCCCCAUCGAGAUGAAUUGGCAUCCACUAGUCGCGGGCCAUUGUAUCGAGCAAUUCAAGUUUGGUGUAGCAGCUGCCUCCUUAACAAUUAUGACGGACAUUGUCUCCGUUGCGCUCCCAUUCUAUAUUUUCCUCGGAUUAAAAAUAAAUAAGAAUAGGAAGAUUGCCCUCAUCGGCGUCUUUAUGUUGGGUGUACUUGUUACAGUCGUCAGCAUCGUCCGUCUCUACUUCCUCGCUCAGAAUUUCAACGAUACGAGCCUUGACAAGAACUUCUCUGUCGGCUUCUGUGUCUCUUCCAUCGAGUGUAACUUGGCGAUCUUAACUGCGUCAGCUCCUGCGUUGUGGCCGCUUGUCCGUCGCUGGCUUCCGGGCCUCAAAUCGACUAACAACCAAUCAUACUACGGAAAGCACAAAUAUGGUGUCUCAUCGCACGCACAACAGGGCUAUAUAAGGACUACAGAUGGGCCAGACAGCGGUAUUGGGUUGAAGGACAUGAGCGGAAGGCGAGUGCAUACUGAAGUUCGAUCAUCGCGAGACUCAGACGAGGAAAUCCUUACUGGAACGGGCAUCAUGCGCACUACACAGUUCACGGUGUCGACCACGGAUAACCGCUCUCUUGCAACGUUAAGUCGCAAUUUUGACGAUCGCACAACAAAUUCUAAAAUAUCUAGCAAUGGCUCAUUGUGAGUCAUUUAACUACCUCUGUAUAUAUAGAUAUCAUGGUGGACGGCGUUAGGGGACGAUUGCUUGGAUGGAAUAAGAGCAAUAUCUACUGAUACCCUUCCCCCUUUUUAAUUAUUGAACCCGUACUUGAGCAACGCAUUUUUCCUAGGUAGUGAAUACCUACAAAUUUACAAG